CGCCAGGGCGCGGAUGCUGGAAGUUCACAUCCCAUCGGUGGGGCCCGAGGCCGAGGGGCCCAGGCAGAGCCCAGAGAAAUGCCACAUGGUGUUCCGAGUGGAGGUGCAGUGCAGCGGGCGCAGACACACCGUGCCAAGGCGCUACAGCGAGUUCCACGCGCUGCACAAGCGGAUCAAGAAACUGUACAAAGUGCCCGACUUCCCCUCGAAACGCCUGCCCAACUGGAGGACCAGAGGACUGGAACAGCGCCGGCAGGGCUUGGAAGCCUAUAUCCAGGGCAUCCUGUACCUGAACCAGGAUGUGCCCAAGGAGUUACUGGAAUUCCUGAGACUUCGGCACUUCCCCACAGACCCCAAGGCCAGCAGCUGGGGCACCCUGGGGAAGUUCCUGCCCGGCGACAGCAGCUCACAGCUGCACCACCGGCCAGUCAUCGGCUUCUUCACGGAUCCCUACAUUUGCAACCCUUCCCCAGAACCUCUGCCCAACGUGGUGGUGGAUGGUGUGCUCCAGGGCCUCUAUGGUUUCAGCAUCAGCCCAGCUGAAGCGCAGUCAAAGGCUGCCUGUCACCCUGCUUCUCUGCCACUGAUUCCCUGAUCAGCCCCGAGGCCUCUGGGCCACCUGCCAGGACAGUCAUGUGAGCUUCAUAUAAAGGCUAGGUCCUCCAUUGGCCUGGACCCAGUACUUAACCAAGGCUCAGUUGUGCCCCAUCCCCAUUCAAAGCUCAAACUUGGUUGGGGGUGGUAGAACCUAUGUGCUCUUAGAGCCUGAGGGCCAAGGCAGGGCCAAGGCAACAAGGAAUAAAGAGAGAAAGUUUA